AUGAAAUUCAAAACAAAUUCUGGUGUUGCUUUACAACAAUCGAAUAUUACCCGAGAUUUAGUAGUUCUACUGAAAACAUUCCAAGAUGUUAUUACAUUAAUUCAACAUGGAGAUCGCCCUACGUUGCACUUAGUCUACGUUGGGUUGAACAAAUUAAAACGUCAUCUAUCAGGUGAAGACAUUGGCAAUAAUGGUGACGAAAUUAUCAUUGAUGAUCGGCAUGAGGGAACUGAUUUUUUUCGUAAACGCUUAAAGAAAUUACUGAUGUUAAUGUUUCAAGUGGAUAAAAAGCAUUCAGCUGCUGCUUUGCUGCAUCCGUUUUAUCGAAAAUUGACUUACGUUAAUGAUUAUCAAAAGAUGAAAACUCACAUAUUUGUACGUCAAUCGAUAACUGAUUUAUAUGGUUAUGGAACACAACAAGUGAAUAAAGGUGUAUCUGUAAUUUCGGAACCAGUGAAGAAAAAGCAUCGCAAUAUCGAAGAUCAAUUUAUCGAUCCUGAAGAAGACGGUGAAAUCAAUAUAAACAGUAGCAUACAAACGAAUCAAACAGUUGACGAAUUAGACAAAUACCUGAAAAUGUCUAUUCCUGAUCAAUAUAAAGUACAAGAUCCAUUAAUUUUCCUGAAGGACCAUCGAGAUAAAUUACCUUAUUUAGCUAAAUUGGCCAGACGUUUAUAUUCGAUGCCAGCAACGUCCGCAUGCGUGGAAAGACAAUACAGCGCAGGUGGUCUAUUAAUUAAUGAGCGACGUUCUUCAUUAAAUCCUGAUAUAGUAGAAGAUGUUUUAUUUAUUCGAUCGGUUCAGAAGGCAGUCAAGAACAAUCUUAAAUUAUUUUCUGGAUGA